AUGUCAAACCUUGCAAAACUCGAAUUUGUUGCUCUUGAUAUUACUGGAAACUAUCUGUCUUGGGUGUUAGAUGCUGAAAUAUAUUUAGAUGCAAAAGGACUUGGUGAUACUAUUAAAGAAAAUAACACUGCAACAAGCCAGGAUAAGGCUAAAGCUAUGAUAUUUCUUCGCCAUCACCUUCAUGAAGGCUUUAAGACUGAGUACUUGACUGUUAAAGACCCACAAGUCCUUUGGAGCAAUCUAAAGGAAAGGUAUGACCACCAGAAAACUGUGAUGUUACCAAAAGCUCGUUAUGACUGGUUACAUUUAGGAUUACAAGACGUUAAGUCUACACAAUACCGUGAAAAGGGUUUUUCAAAAUAUUCUAAUUUGAUAUCUUGUCUCCUUGUGGCUGAGCAAAAUAAUGAACUAUUAAUGAAAAAUCAUGAAUCACGCCCAACUGGCUCUACUCCAUUCCCUGAAGCGAAUGCGACAUCCCAUAGUGGGAAAGAGAAAAAGGCUAGAGAUCAUGCCAGCAGUCGUGGUCGAGGUCGUAGUCGCGGCCGCGGAUGUGGACAUGAUCGUGAUCGAGGUGGUCAUUUUAAGAACACAUACUCUCACCAAAAGUGGGACAAUAAAGAUGGAAAUAAGAACGAGAAGGAUAAAUAUGAAAAUAUAUGCUACCGUUGUGGAGGAAAAGACCAUUGGUGUCGUGUGUGUCGUACACCAAAACAUCUAGUAGACCUUUAUCAACAAUCAAUCAAACAGAAAGGAAAGAAAGUGGAAACAAAUUUGGUGUACGAGGAUGGCGAAGGUGAUUUUGAUUACGGUGAUACAACUCACCUGGAAGCGGCUGAUUUCUUUCCUAAUCCUGAAGAAAAUAAUUGA